AUGGCCAAUGGACCUCCCGUCGUCGUCAUCUUGGGAUUAUUAUUUUUCCACAACCUAAUAGCUGUCGCGUCACUACGAGGGAAUUUCGAGAGCAAAUUCGUCCUUCCCCCAGUGCUCGAGGAAAACGUGACGAUCUACGGUACCGAAGGGAAAUUGACGACGCCCAAUUUCCCGAAUGACUACCCAAAUCUUGCGCAAAUCGUGUAUUAUCUACAGGCUCCACCCGGCUACUUUAUCCACCUCACUUUCUACACGCUGCGUACGGAGGAGUGCUGUGAUCGAGUGACCGUCUACGAUUCGAAUCUCAAGGACGGAGCCAAGAUUCUCAAAGAGCUUUCCGGGAAUGGCACGGGUACGGUCGUGGAAUCCUCCGGUCCGUCAAUGACCGUCUUGUUCAGCUCCGAUCUUCUCAACACCGACAUUGGAUUUUAUGCCGAAUUUACCACGGUUUUGAUAAGCUACAAAUACAGCGCAAGCCACGCCUGUCCCCCAGCUCCAUUCACAGCCACCGACUCGACGGAUUAUGUGUACGGGAUCGAAACGUCGCCGUCGUGGCCGUACGCAUAUCCAAACAACGCACUGUGUAACUACUGGAUUGGCGUGCCGGACGGGCAUAAGAUCAAGCUGACGAUUGAGUCAUUUUGGACGGAAAAGUGCUGCGACAGGCUGUACAUCUAUGACGGGAUCGAUCAACGGGCGACAAUGUUGGCUAACCUAUCCGGUUCCUACGAAGACCUCCCACUCCAUACGCUUCAUUCGAGCAGCAGCCGGCUCUACCUCCAGUUCAGCACCGAUCUGAUCAACAACGGGCCCGGCUUCUCGUUGCUCUUCGAGCGCGAA